UAUGUUAACAAUUGAUACUGUGAUCCGAAACAGUCUAGUGUAGUAAUGAAAAGAAAUUAAUGUUUUCAAUAUACAUUUAACAAAUUUUAUGAAAAAAAAAGAAUUUGCUGAUGUAGUGUAGUGUAAAGCUAUCGAUUCAGUGAUUUCAAAUAUGUACCUUUAUUCUGAAAUAUUUCGUAGAAAUGAGUUGUGACGAAAUUACGUUAUACUUUUCUAUUACUACAAUUUUUAAGCAAUAUUAUUAACACUAAGAUUCGAUAAUUUUCAAAGAUAUGGUGUAACAUUUGAAAUAAUGUUCAGCGUCAUCUCCAGGAGAAAUAAGAACUUACAAUUAGUAAAUUCAUAGCGCUAUUUGUGUAUAGUUUGUGCUGCUAACCGCUAUGUUUGUUGUAUACAUUUACAGUGUAUGAUUUAAUAAUUAUUUGAAAAUGUUUAUAAACAAAUGACACAUCUUGAAAAUAAUUUCUUCUCAUUGUGUUAUCAAUAGAGUUAUACAAAAUGAGUACGAAACCAAUUUUCUUAAAACCCGGAGACAGCUCGUGGCAGGAGGAUAAACCUGAUAUAGAUGCUCAUUCAUCCACACAAUUUGUAUAUAAUGCCCAUCAUUCGCUUGCAAUUCAUAUGCAACGACAACGAUUACCUACAUUCAAGUAUCGAAGUCAUAUUAUUUAUCUGUUAGAAAAAUAUCAAACUCUAGUCCUAAUUGGAGAAACUGGAUGCGGGAAGAGUACACAACUGCCUCAGUAUCUUUUUGAAGCGGGAUGGUGUGCAAAUGGAAAAAUGAUCGGUAUUACCGAACCAAGAAGGGUUGCAGCCACUUCUUUGGCCAGUAGGGUAGCUGAUGAACGUAACUGUGUCCUUGGCACCGAAGUCGGUUAUUCUAUACGUUUCGAUAAUUGCAUAGAUGAAACAACAAGAAUUAAGUACUUGACGGAAGGAAUUCUUCUACGUGAAUUAAUGGGCGACCCAUUAUUGACGAAUUAUUCUGUCAUCGUUAUAGACGAAGUACACGAGAGAACGCUGAUGACCGACAUCAUAAUGGGACUUUUAAAGAAGAUAAUUCGGAAACGCAGAAGCUUGAAAGUUGUUGUUUGCUCGGCCACGGUUGAUGCUGAACAACUUCGGGAUUUUUUCAACACAAACACAACAAAAGACUCGACCAAAGAUACCGCGGUCAUAUUGACUGUCGAGGGUCGACUCUAUCCAGUGGACACUUUCUAUAUAAAAGAAUCGGUGGCAAAUUACGUUACCGGCGUUGUAGACACCGUUUUGAAGAUACACGAGAACGAAGAGCCUGGUGAUAUUUUGGCAUUUCUCACGGGCUUAGACGAAGUAGAUCAAGCAGUUUCUCUUUUAUCAGAGCAUGCAAAGCUUAUACAAGAAGGCAAACUGAAACUUUUACCCCUGGCUAUGUAUGGGUCUCUUCCAAACUCGGAACAACUGAAAGUAUUUUGGAGGGCGGCCAAAGACACUCGUAAAGUAGUCGUAGCAACAAACAUAGCUGAAACAUCUAUUACUAUUCCAAACAUCGUUUAUGUAAUCGACUGCGGUUUUGUUAAAAUUCCUUGGUUCGAGGCGGACACGCAGACCAAUUCGGUGGUAAUUGUUCCUGUAUCAAGAGCGUCAGCCGACCAACGGGCAGGUAGAGCAGGACGUGUUCGAACAGGGAAAGCAUAUAGAUUAUACACAGAAGAAGCAUAUUCUGAACUGUUCGAAGCGAUGCCACCGGAAAUGCAGCGUUCCGAUUUGGCACCAGCUAUUUUGCAACUGAAAGCUUUAGGCAUCGACAAUGUCUUAAGAUUUAAUUUCCCCUCUGCUCCGCCAAGCAAAAAUCUUCUUGUAGGAUUAGAAUUGCUUUAUGCGCUGGGCGCAAUAGACAGAAACGGAGAAUUAACGAUGCCAUUAGGCAUUACCAUGGCGGAAAUGCCUUUAGAACCUGUUUUAGCAAAAUCUCUCAUAGUAUCAGGUGAAAUGGGAUGUUCUAAAGAGUUUACAAUGAUCCUUGCGAUGCUGCAAGUACAAAAUGUAUUCAUAAGACCGGCCGGAGGUCAAGCUGCUAUAAAAGCCAGAGUGGCGCAUAGAAAAUUUGAAGUCGAAGAAGGCGACCUUUUGACUAUGCUCAACGUGUAUACUGCUUACGAAAAAAAUAAAAUAUCUGCAUGGUGUCAGAAAAAUUUUCUUAACUAUAAAGCAUUACGACGAGCUACCGAAAUUCGGACACAAAUGCUCUCUAUGAUGAGGAAGCUAGACAUUCCAUUGAUUUCUAGUAAUGGAAAUGUGGAACAAAUUUUGAAAUGUAUAACAGCUGGACUUUUUCCAAAAGCAGCAUAUUUACAUUACACUGGAGUAUACAAAACUGUGCGUGGUAACAAAGAUUUGUACAUACACCCAAAUAGUUGUUUAUAUACACUUCAACAACCACAAUGGUUACUUUUCUGUGAAGUUUUGCAAACAAAUAAAACAUAUAUGAAGGAUAUAACUGUAAUACAAUCGGAGUGGUUAUUGGAAUUAGCACCUCAUUUUUAUGAAAAAACAUCACUGGAGAGUAUUUAGUGCAAUUUUUGUAAAUAUUGAAAAUAAUACAAUAAAAAAAAAAAGAAUCA